AUGAUAUUGGAUCUGCCUUUGUGUGCUAAUAACAGUAAACAAACUAGCAAUUUGAUCGUUUUUGGGAGUAUAUUCAUAGUAAACCGGCUUUUGGAUUGCUCUGCUGCCUUAAAUCGGCUUGUGACCUCUGGGGCGCCUGCCAUUGUGGAGCACCGUGCCGCCGUUGCAACUUCAGCUGUAUCCUCAGCUUCUGUUGUGGCUGAGUGUGUGCAGAAUUUCAUCACUGCCAUGGACUCUUUGAAGCUGAAUAUCGUCGCUGUUGACCAGGUCCAUCCCCUUUUGUCAGACCUAUCAUCUUUCCUAAAUAAACUUUUUAUUCUGCCAGCUGAUUUUGAGGGGAAGACAAAGAUGAGAGAGUGGCUCUCAAGGCUAUCAAAAAUGGGAGCUGCAGAUAAGUUGACAGAACAGUAG